AAUGGCGAUACAGUGUGUACAAAAACAUCAUUUUGACAGCACAGCACUAUAGCAUUUUUUAACGAUACAUUCGUAAAAAUUACAUGUGACACAGUCAAUAAUUAUCAAAAAUGUCGAGCAUCACGAUAUCAGCGAUAAGACCGCGAACCAGUAUCCUUGACAAAUCAUUGAGCAAGGGUAAAGGAGAGGUUAGUUUGAGCUGUUUUGCCCUUUUAUUCUCCGAAUUGGUGCAAUACUGCCAAAACAGAGUCUACACCGUUCCAGAACUACAGAAUAAAUUGGCAGAGAUUGGAGCAGAAGUUGGGCAUAGGAUAACAGAUUUGCUUGUGAUGCGAGAAAAAGGUGGAAAGCGUGAGAUAAAACUGCUGAAUGUACUAUUAUUCAUCAAAAGUACUGUAUGGAAGUCUCUAUUUGGUCGGGAGGCCGAUAAGUUGGAACAUGCCAAUGAUGAUGAACGUACUUAUUAUAUUAUUGAGAAAGAAUCUCUGGUAAAUAAAUUUGUCUCAGUGCCCAAAGAUAAAGGAAGUUUAAACUGCGCAUCCUUUGUUGCUGGUAUUGUAGAGGCUGUACUUUGCGAUUGUGGUUUUCCUGCAAAGGUAACUGCUCAUUGGCAUAAAGGAACUACAUAUAUGGUGAAAUUUGACGAUGCUGUUGUUGCGCGAGAUAAACAACUUGAAGAUCGGUAAUAGAAAAAAAUAAGGAAAAGUUAAUGUCAAGCAAAAAAUAUAUCUAUAUAUAAACUAUACUAUGUUAAAUCCAUACAAGAUCCUCAAUUAAUAAGUUAAACUUAUAUAUUUUAAAUAUAUGUAUCUUAUAUUUUUAAGGCUAGCCUUGCUUAAUUGUUAAAAGAUCAAUUGAUUCUUUAUAAUUAUGUUUAUAAAGAAAUGUUUAUUCUGUAA